CUUGAACGUCUCACCAGUGCCGCUCACACACAAAGUGGCUACUACUGUUGCUGUUGUGAAGGAGUGUGUGUGUGUGCGUGUGUUUGUGUGUGCGUGUCGUCCAUUGUUGCUCGGCUCCAUCCCAGCUGUACGGCGCAGGCCCGAAGUAGCGCAGCCGCUCUGAGCCAUUGGACCCUGGAACCAGCAGUGUAGACGAAGGUGUCAAUCAUGGAUGAUCACGGCGUUCACCAGACCGAACACAUGACCACCAUCGAAGCCAGCGCCGUCACUCAGCAGGUGCACGUGACCACCUACGCUGACACGUCCAUGAUGAGCGCAGACGAAGACUCCACCUCCUCGCCGGACGAUGAUCCCUACGACGACACAGACAUCCUCAACUCGGCCGGCAAUGACGAGGUCACCGCCCAUCUGGCCGCCGCAGGUCCCGUCGGCAUGGCAGCAGCUGCCGCUGUGGCGACGGGAAAGAAAAGGAAGAGGCCCCACAUCUUUGAAUCCAACCCGUCCAUACGCAAAAGGCAGCAGACGCGUCUCCUCAGGAAACUGAGGGCCACCCUGGACGAGUACACCACCCGCGUGGGCCAGCAGGCCAUUGUGCUGUGCAUGUCCCCCAACAAACCGAACCCAGUCUUCAAAGUCUUCGGCGCUGCUCCGCUGGAGAAUGUGGUGAGGAAAUACAAAGGCAUGAUGCUGGAGGACCUGGAGAACGCCCUGGCCGAGCACGCCCCCGCCGGAGGGGAGCUGGCGUCGGAGCUGCCCCCGCUCACCAUCGACGGCAUCCCCGUCUCUGUGGACAAGAUGACCCAAGCCCAGCUGCGUGCCUUCAUCCCGGAGAUGCUGAAGUACUCAACGGGCCGAGGUAAGCCCGGCUGGGGCAAGGAGAGUUGCAAGCCCGUUUGGUGGCCCGAAGACAUCCCUUGGGCCAACGUGCGUAGCGACGUGCGAUCUGAGGACCAGAAACAGAGGGUGUCCUGGACGCAAGCGCUGCGGACCAUCGUUAAAAACUGCUACAAGCAACACGGCCGCGAGGAUCUGCUUUACGCCUUUGAGGAGCAGCAGAUCACCACCACCACCGCGCAGCACCACCUGACCACCGCCCAGAGCAUCGCCCACCUUGUGCCCUCACAGACAGUGGUACAGACCAUCAACAACCCCGACGGCACCGUGUCGCUCAUCCAGGUCGGGACGGGACACACCGUGGCCACGCUGGCCGAUGCCUCGGAACUCCCCGGCGUGACGGUGGCGCAGGUCAACUACUCGACGGUGGCGGACGGCGAGGUGGACCAAAACUGGGCCACCAUCCAGAGCGGCGAGAUGACAAUCCAAACCACGCAGGCGUCCGAGGCCACGCAGGCGGUGGCGUCGCUGGCGGAAGCUGCCGUCGCCGCCAGUCACGAGAUGCAGCCGGGAGCCACCGUCACCAUGGCGAUCAACAGCGAGGCGGCGGCCCACGCCGUGGCGACACUAGCGGAGGCCACGCUCCAAGGCGGGGGGCAGAUAGUCCUCGCCGAGACGGCGGCCGCUGUUGGUGCGCUAGCAGGGGUGCAGGACGCAACAGGUCUGGUCCAGAUUCCAGUCAGCAUGUAUCAGACGGUGGUGACGAGUCUGGCGCAAGGCAACAGGCCCGUGCAGGUGGCCAUGGCGCCGGUAGCCACGCGCAUCGACAGCACGAUGACGCUGGACGGCCAGGCGGUGGAGGUGGUAACACUGGAGCAAUGAUCCACCCGGAAGAGUGAAUUCCAGUUCCCAACUCUGUACAAAUCUGUUUUUAAUUUCAGGCGGAAAGUACACGUGACGCGUCCUACGUUUACUUUGUAAAAUGAUUUUUGUUUUGCUUAGGUAUUUAUUUGCUCUUUAAAAACAUCCUUGAAAAUGAACUAAAAACGCCUCACUGGUACCUGCACUCCUUUCUGUGUACUCCACUUGACAAUAAAAUAUUACUUUGGAUCACAUCACUGUACUCAGGAAGUACAUCCGUUUAUUUUUUUUGUUUGUUUCUUCAUAUUGGAAGGCUGUAAUGCUUUCUCCUAAGCAGACGUUUAGUGUAUAAAAUCACGGAAUUUUUUCCUGUGCUGUGCCAUCCUCUGUGUUCCUUAUUGUAUAUUUCUUUUGCGUCUUUUCAACAUUUUGACUCUAUCCGUAUGUAAAUUGGCUUUGUCAGGAUAGACGGUGUAGUAUGUUGUACAGACUGCGUCAUGACCUUUCACAGAGGGAUUUGUGAUGGAGGACAAGAAUAAUAAAAGUUACUUGACUUUUAACAUUU